GCAUCUCCUGCGACGCCAUUUUAUGCACCACAUGACCUCGUUGCCGUGUCCCGUGACCAGCUCACGUGAAUUUCGACAAAUUCAAACAUUUUUUUUUUCGGCGCCAAGGAAUGGACAUUUUGGAGCAGCAGCUCGAACAACAGGAUGUCAGCGUGAAGGACGACAACGGCACGACGGGGAUCGUUAUAGAGGAAGCGGAAAUUGUGGACUGCGAAGGGGAACCUGUAGGAGAGGAUGAAAUGCGAUACCCAGAAACCCUAGCAUACCGAGUCGUCCAAGUAAAUGGCACAGCAGCUAUACAAUCGGCUAAUGAGAUAGAAUUGCCUGUGUCGCAAUCAGGAAAUAAUACUGUACAGGUUCUAACAUCGCCAUUGAAUGGUCAGUUUUAUGUUAUCGGGAAUGCUAAUGAUGUCUUUACUACGACUCAAGCAUCAAGAUCUUUAGUACCAAGAGCAACAACAUUGCAGAUAGAAACCCCAAGGACUUGUACCACUGGCUUGAAAAAGAGAGACGACAGGCGGAGAGCAACGCAUAACGAAGUUGAGCGUCGGCGUAGAGAUAAAAUAAAUAAUUGGAUUGCAAAGUUAGGCAAAAUCAUUCCUGAUUGUAAUACUUCUACUAACACUACUGGUAGUGGAGAAGGAAAAACCAACUAUGAAACUCAGAGUAAAGGAGGUAUCUUAGCAAAAGCCUGCGAAUACAUAGGAGAAUUACGCGCGGCCAAUCAAAGUCUGGGUCAAUGUAUGCGAGAUAAUGAGAAGCUUCGGCAAGAGAUUACAGCGCUGAAACAAUUAGUUUCCCAAUUGAAACGUGAGAAUCUUCAGCUUAGAUCACAGAUAUCAUCUUCGUCAUCGGCCGGCAAUGGCGAUGUUAUACGCUUGAGUCCUUAAGCUUCUUCCAAUUUGUGAGUUAAUGGCUCUUUCUGUAAAUAUUAGAACUUAUGAGUUAUCUUUUCACACAAGAACAAUUCUGUUUUGAAACAA